AUUAACGAGGGUUACCGAAGAUUGUUGGUGCCAUACGUGAGUUCAUUUUUCAAGACAAAUUACUGACGAGUGUAUUAGCUUCGUCUUCAUUUUUAUGGUGCUUCACGCCUUCGUCUUCGCUUUCGGAUUCGUCAAUUACGCCGUCAAGGACAAUUUGCAGGUAGCGCGAGAUACGUUUGGACCGACUUACAUGAUUGCGCGAUCAGCGGCACUAGUGCUUCACGUGGAUGUCGCCAUGAUUCUGCUGCCGGUCUGCAGGACAUUUAUCUCUAUCGCGAGACAGACGCCUCUGAAUGGUAUCAUCCAGUUUGACAAGAACAUUACGUUCCACAUUACGACAGCGUGGUCUAUCUUCUUCUUUUCCUGGGUCCACACGAUCGCCCACUGGAACAACUUGGCCCAGAUCGCUGCCAAGAACAAUCUGGGCAUCUACGGAUGGCUGGUUGCUAACUUGGUGUCCGGUCCGGGCUGGACUGGAUACAUCAUGUUGAUCGCGCUUACGGGAAUGGUGGUGACUUCGUAUGAGAAACCCAGACGGGCGAACUACGAACGAUUCUGGUACACGCACCACAUGUUCAUCAUCUUCUUUUUCUUCUGGUCCUUCCACGGAGCUUUCUGCAUGAUCCAACCCGACUUCGCGCCUUUCUGUGUCUCAGUCGGCAGCUCCGCUAUUGGUGUCUUCUGGCAGUACUGGAUGGUCGGAGGAUUUACUUAUCUGGCCGAGAGAAUUGCCCGUGAACUGCGUGGUCGCCAUAAGACUUACAUCUCGAAAGUCAUCCAGCACCCGAGCAACGUUUGCGAAAUCCAGAUCAAGAAAGAAAACACGAAGACCAAGGCUGGACAGUAUAUCUUCUUUUGCUGCCCGGAAGUCUCACUUUGGCAGUACCACCCGUUUACCUUGACCAGUGCGCCCGAAGAGGACUACAUCUCCAUCCAUGUACGUGUAGUCGGUGAUUUCACUCGACAACUAGCCACGACCCUUGGAUGUGAAUUCGGAAAGAAAGAUAGCAAGGACUCCUCGAAGGUUGUUGGAGUUGAUGGUCAGAACAACGAGGUAGACCCUGCCCUGCGAAGGGUUCUGCCGCGUGUUUAUAUCGACGGUCCUUUUGGGUCUGCCUCUGAAGAUGUGUUUAAGUACGAGGUCUCGGUCCUUUGCGGUGCUGGUAUCGGUGUUACGCCGUUCGCGUCUAUUCUGAAGUCGAUCUGGUAUCGAAUGAACUACCCGCAGAAGAAGACGCGACUUACGAAGGUGUACUUUUUCUGGAUUUGCAGAGAUUUCGGCUCCUUCGAAUGGUUCCGUUCGCUACUUUUGGCCAUCGAGGCUCAAGAUGUUGACGGCCGAAUCGAGAUCCACACUUACCUCACUGCUAAGAUCAAGGCCGAUGAUGCGACAAAUAUCAUGAUCAACGAUGCCAACGCCGACAAGGAUACGAUUACCGGAUUGCGAAGUCCCACAAACUUUGGACGACCCAACUGGGACAUGAUUUUCAGAGGUAUCCGAAAACUGCAUGCGCCGGCCGAGGCUGGUGUGUUCUUCUGUGGACCUAAGGGUCUCGGCAGUGCGCUCCACGUCUUCUGUAAUAAGUACAGUGAACCUGGUUUUUCUUUCGUCUGGGGCAAAGAAAACUUCUAAGGGUUUGUUUGUUAUUGUCAAGAUCUGGUCGAUAUGCUGCCAGCAAAUUCGAAAGCAUUGCCUAAUCACUGGCGCGGGACGCGGAUGACCAUUAUAUUUGUGUGUUAAUCAAUCUAGACCGCGAGCAAUUCAGGCUUUCUUGGACCUCGGUUAGGGUGAAUGUGAGCUUAGACUGUUCGCGUAGACCUAAGGUCUAGCUAGGAUACUUAAUCGGUUCGACUACCAAAUCAGAAGCACACGACCUGGCCGGAAUAGGAAGCGGAACAUCAUCACGGGAAGAAUUUAAUGUAUACCUGAACUCGGGUUGGGCGGAUACCUCCGAGAUUCCCGCCACCGGCGACGAAUCUACGAUGUACGGAAUCGAUGUUGGAGAAGUGGGAACUACAUUAGAUGUUGAUUAUCAUAUAUACCUUUGUAUCUAGUUUACCUGAAUCUGCAAUAUCCUUUUACACCUAGGCUUGGAUUUCCUACUUCUUCUCAACUAUCCCUCUAUUUUUUAUGACUUCUAUCGUGUGAUUGAUUUUCUCGUUUUAGAGGAAUUUACCAGAUAACUAGGAAUGAAACGAGAUAGAGACCUUAUAAACCUUGGUUCUUUGAGAAGUAUU